GUGAAAAGCACGCCAAGACUGAAGGCUCUGCUGGUUCAGGGAGGUCCUCCGUCUGCAAAGGGACGAGUUCUCACACCAAGUACAGAGCAGCGAGCAAUGAGGAAGAAAGAAAAGAGGUGCUUGUCCAAUCAGAAAUGCAGAUGGUCACAGAAGACAUGAGUACCAGCCAAUCUGGCACUAGGACGACUUCCUCUUGCCAAUUUAUACACAACAAAUCAAAUGCGACCCCCUAAUUGAACAAUUGAUACAGUUUACCUAGACACACAUACUGCCAAUGAAGUGAUACAUCCAAUUCCUGUGCUCAUUUCUACUUUGAUAAAUUCCUCACACCACUUAAUCUUCAAUUUGCUGUACGAUUAGAAAACAAGCUGAAGAGAGACAAGAACGUUUUUACCAUGCUGUGACAACACUCUAAGCAAUCCAGUCACAAAUCUGACAAAAAGCAAAAGCGAGUCACCACACACUGAGAUAUUAUUGUACAAACAAGCCCGCAGUCCCUUUCAAAUGGCGCUAGCCUGCAUGGAUAAAUGUUAGAUGGUAAGCAUCUCUGCUCGGCUUUCUCCAAUGGAUAUUGCAACGACAUCCCAAAUGGCCCAGAGGACAGGACAGGGACGGCAGAGACAUAACUUGACUGGAGGUUCUUCAUCAGUGGUCCUGUCCACAGCCAGCUCCUUGCUCUGUUGGCUCGCCCUGCUGUCAAUAAUGCGGUUGCCAAUGGUAACAGCUGACUGCUGGCUAAUCGAAGGUGAGAAAGGCUUUGUGUGGCUGGCUAUCUGCAGUAUGAACCAGCCACCUUAUGAGGCCAUCCCCUCUCACAUUAACAGCACUAUUGUGGAUCUGAGGCUGAAUGAGAACAAGAUACGGUCAGUCCAUUAUUCUUCACUCAGCCGCUUUGGCAACCUCACCUAUCUGAACCUCACCAAGAAUGAUAUCAGCUAUGUGGAAGAUGGAGCAUUUUCAGCACAAUUCAACCUGCAGGUUCUCCAGAUGGGUUUUAACAAGUUGAGGAACCUGACAGAGGGGAUGCUUCGAGGUCUGGGCAAGCUGCAGUAUCUCUACCUGCAAGCCAACCUCAUCGAGACUGUUACACCCAACACCUUCUGGGAAUGCCCCAAUAUAGAGAAUAUAGACCUCUCCAUGAACAGGAUCCAGGUGCUGGAUGGCAGUUUGUUCUCUGGACUCUCUAAACUGACCACUUGUGAACUUUACACCAACCCCUUCAAUUGCUCAUGUGAGCUGCUGGGUUUCCUGCGCUGGCUCUCAGCCUUUCCCAACAGAACCAGUGAGAGGAUGGUGUGCGACUCCCCUCAAGGGUUCUUCGGCUACAACCUUCUGAGCCAGAACCCCCGCAUGCCUACCCAACGCAAUGCGCUGCAUGUGCUCAGUCUGGUGUGCACAGACGACGGUAGCGUGACGUCCUUCUAUGUCCUUGGCGCAGCCGACUCCACCACUCCGACCCCAGAUUUUGCCUCUCCCUGCGGAUUGGACGAUUGUGCUUCCGGGACCCCACCUGAUGAGGUAAUCAGCUUGAGCCCCAUUUUCACUGACGUCAUCAUGACAUUAAAGCAGGUGCUGCAUUCGAGUGCUGUGAUCACGGUUCAGAUUCCUUAUCCGUAUAGGAAAAUGUACAUCCUAAUGCUUUAUAACAACAGCUUCUUCACUGAUAUCCAAAAUCUGAAAAAUCAAAGAGAAGAUAUUGAGCUCACGAACUUAAAACCUAACACUGACUACACAUACUGUGUGGCUUCGAUACGAAACUCCCUGCGCUUCAACCAUACCUGUCUGACCAUCUCCACUGGCCGCCGGGCCGGGGCUGAGAGGAUAGCAAAUCAGUCGUCAGCCACUCACUACAUCAUGACUAUUCUGGGCUGUUUGUUUGGCAUGCUACUCUUCCUUGGCCUAGUUGUCCACUGCCUGAGGAAGAAGAGGAUCAUGGAGGAGAAGGAGAGGAAGAUGAGCAGGAUCCAAAGGACUUUGAUAGAGCUCAAGUAUGGUGGAGAAGGGGAUAUCGAGGGAGGGAGUGGAGGAUCUGUUUCCCAAAAGCUUGGUGCUGGGGACAGUCUGUCCAGAAUGCCCUACCUUCCUCAGGGUGGUGAGAUUGAUCCGUAUAAGCUGCAGGAGGUGAUAGAAACACCGGUGCACAAGCCUGCUAAACUUAACUACAUGGAGGUGAGAGGGUCCGGCAUUGAAAGGGAGAGAGAACGAGAGCGAGAGCGAGAGAUGUCGCCACAAGCAAAUCCCCAGGGUUCUGUAGCAGAGAUCUCAACCAUUGCUAAAGAAGUUGAUAAAGUUAACCAGAUCAUCAACAACUGCAUAGAUGCUCUCAAAUCUGAGUCUACCUCCUUUCAACAGGGGAUGAAAUCUCCAUCUUCUGCAGGCGGAGGGGCUGUUUCUACAGCAGAGCCGCAGCUGGUGCUUCUCUCUGAGCAAGGAGAGAGAGAAAGAGGAGGCGAGUUCCUCUCCCCAGUUUAUAAGGGAGGAAGAGGAGGGAGAGAAGAGAGGGGGAGAAGCUAUCAUCAUUCACUGCAGCGACACCACAGCGUGGAGGCACCUCCGACCUCCAAAAGGCCCAGCACCUCCUCUUCACCUGGUUCUGCUCGAAGCCCUCGCUCAUUCCGCUCUGAGGGAGGCUACCACUCAUCAGAGACCCGCUAUAUCGAGAGGACCUCGCCCGGGGAGAGAGGAGAAAGGGGGGGAGGCGGAGGAGGAGAGGCCAUCCGUACAGUCACCCCAGCUGCUGCUAUCUUACGAGCUGAAGCUCAGAGAAUCCGCCAGUACAAUGAACACCGUCACUCUUAUCCGGGCUCCCAGCAGCACCUCCAGGAGCUGCAGCACCACCCCCAGAUGCUGCAGGAGCUCCAUCACCACCCAGGGGCCCGUAAGCCUUCCAUGUUAGACCCCCUCACCCUCAGCAGGCAGGCCAAGCAGCGGGAGCUGGCCUACUCCCAGCUCUCACCACACUACCCGCUAUCACCCCAGUACCACAACCUCAGCUACUGCUCCAGCCCAGAAGAAGACGAGGAGGACGAAGGGCUCCUCUGCACCCCAACCCUGGGGCUGUGGGAGAGGUUCAAACUGCACCGUAAGAGGCACCGGCAGGCAUCCAUGGAGGACGAAGGAUAUGUCGCAGCCGGACAUGCGCUGAGGCGAAAGGUUCAGUUUGCUAAGGACGAGGAUCUUCACGACAUACUGGACUACUGGAAAGGUGUGUCGGCCCAGCAGAAGACCUGAUCCCACAUCUGGAGUUGCCAAACACUUUGAAGAUGGAGAAAAACAACACUGCACCCAUAACAUAUUGAAACACAGACUGAUACAAAAAGGACCUGUAAAUACACACAAACACACGCACACCUUACAGGAUCUACAGAGUCAAACCACACACACACACACACACACACA